CAUUCUGCCGUGCUCCCUUGAGAAUAACGAAAGGUGUGAAGAUGAUCGGGCGUCCGACUGGUAACUAGUAUUUAUAAAUCUGGGACUGAGGUCAUCAGCGGUGUUGCCCAAAAGGCGCGGGAAAACCAAAUACAAAAUGGCGGACGAAGUUGUUCUAUCACGAUUCGGGAAACUUCCAACGAAAGACCACGGAACAGCGUUGUUUGUAGGAAUCAAAGGUAUCGGCAAGCACCGACUAGCACAAACUAUCAACGAAUGCAACACAGAAUUCCCUUUACAAAUAAGAACAGCAACAGCCCUACCUCUUCCAAAUGACCACCAAAAUCUUCGACCAAGAAUAGAUUAUGUGACAUUUUUUAUAGACUUGGAAAACAAACUGAGCUUUGAUGUCGUAAAGUUGUCAGUCAAGAGUCUUGCUGUUGAUUAUUUCCUGGGUCGAUGUUGUUUUAUCCUUACGAAUGCUAAAAAAGAGGAAUGCAACAAUGUUGACAUACAGGAUGUCAUAGAAUUUGCCAAUGUGUAUGAUUCUCCUAUCAUAUGUGCAGAUCUUAAGAGCAAAGAUGGCCAGAGAUGUCUAGCACAGAAACUCCUUCAGCGCAUCAAGCCAGCCUGUGGUUACCAUGGCGAUGUCACACCUCUGCUCUUGGAUACAACAAGGCAAAUUUUUGGUGUUGAUGAUAGUAUGUAAAUUGGACUAUUAAACUCAUAAAGUGACACUUUGUAUCUCAACAUGAUAAACAUUUUUUAGCUUUGAUUUGGUAUGUGCCAAUAGUAAGUACAAGGUAACUAAAAAAAAGAUACUUUACUGUUCAACAUGGCAACUGCCAACCCAGGGGAGGGACUCCCUAUAAUGAGAUGACAGGGAUGCUCGUAGUACCUUUUAGGGGUAAAAAUCACGGGUUUGGUACCUUUAAGGGGGUUCAAGUUCAAGCGCUAGCAUUUUUUUGUGGCACGGUACCUUUAAGGGGUCCGAACAAGCUGCUACUUCAAUAUUUAAAAAAAAGUUUUAAAAAAUGGAUUUAAAUGCUUUUCAAUAACAAAUGUACGUAGGUACGUUGUUCAAUGGAACCUUUUAGGGGUAAAAAUUGGCUCGAGCCACUCCCUUUUUGGUACCUUUUAUAUAUUUAGGGGUAAAAAUGAAAUUCCCUACGAGCAUCCCCGUGUUUAUAAUAUGGGAGUCCCCCCCCUGGCUGCCAACGCUAUUGCUUCGUACAAUCACGCUUUCGCUCUCUGGUGAGCCCGCAAUCUCAGCGGUACAAAGUAUCAUGUAAACCAUGACUAAAGCGUGACCUUGCCUAACAAUUAAAUUGCAUAUAUUUAGCA